GGUAGGGUAGCCACAUCCACGCAAGCUAUAAACAAUGCUAUGCAAAGUUUAUUUGAGUGCUUUAACAGUAUAGCCAUUGUCUAUUAGCAUCACAUAUUCACAUGCCAUUGUCUAUUAGCUCUCACAUAGCUAGCUAGCCCUCCUUGGCUCCUUGCCUUGCCCAGGCACAGCCAAGCGGCCGGGAGAGGAGAUCGAGCAGUCAUAUCGAUCUGAUGGGGGGAGAGCAGCAGCUCGCUCCGGCGGCGGCCCGCGUCACCCCGCGUCGGCCGAUGAUGUCCUUCCGGGUGCCGCGGAGACUGGUGGCCAGCAGAGCGGCGGGUGGAGCGUCGCCGUCGCCGCCGGUGCCGGCGGGGCUAAAGAAAAAGAAGAAGAAGGUGGCGGUGGCGAGGCUCGGUGGGAAGAGGAGGCUCUUCGGCGCGAUCCGGCGGCUCCGGAUGCGGUGGCUGGCCGUGCUGUACAGGCGCACGCUGCGGCGGCUGCGCGCCUACUACGCCACGGCGAUCAACGACCUCCUCGAGGGCGCCGCCGCCAUCGGCUCCCUCCGCGGGCCGGCCGGUGCCGCCGACUGCGCCUUCGGCACCGCGUUCGCGCCGGUCGUCGCCGUCGGCCUCUGAUGAGAGCUCGCACUCGCACGCCCGCCGUCUGCAUGCACUCCAUACGACGAGCCCGUAUGGUGGUCUGCUUGUAUAGAGGACAAUCUCGAUUGCUAUCGUUUUCUUGUCCAUCUGCAUCGUCUCUACCGUAUGGCAUCUUUUUUCUGGAUCGAUCUCUCAAUCAAGAAUUAGAAAAGAGUACACAAACAAACAAAGAAAUACAACUCCUCGAUUCAGAUUUGUUUGGUACUAAUAAGUAUAAUAAUGCAUAUUUCC